CGACACCGGACUGCAGACUGAGGUGAUGUGAGGAGAGUGGAGGAGGGGGAUCAGUCGUUUGUAGACGCAAACGCCAUUAAUCCGGAACGUCUUGGCUGAUGAUGUGGCUCAUAGCUUUAAUGUGGCUUGCAGUCUCCAGGUGUGGGGGUGUGGAGGUAACGGUGGGGGAGGAGAGGAUGUUCGCCCCGCUGUUUGAGGAGGUGGUGCUCCGCUGCAGGUACUCCAGCCGCUCGUCCCAGACGCCGGUGGUGCAGUGGUGGUACAAGUCCUACUGCCGCGGCCGCACGGCCGACGCCUUCGGCUUUCCCCAGUCGCUGCUGUUCCGCCGCGCCGAGCCGGCUGGCUCCUCCCACCUGGACUGCUCGGACGCCGCCCGCACCGUACGCAUCAUCGCGUCCAUACGAGACUCCACCGCAACGCUCGCCGAGCACUACAGAGACCGGGAGGACAUCAGCAUCAUCAACGAGAUGGACCUCCGGAUUGGGCGGCUGCAGUGGGGGGACAGCGGGGUGUACCAGUGCAAGGUGGUCAUCUCAGACGAUCCGGAGGGCACGAACGAGGCCCAGGUGGAGCUGCUGGUGCUGGGUAAGGUUGGGGCGCUGGAUGACUUCCUGCCUGGGUUUGACUUGGACUUCAUGCCGGACUGGGUGUUUGUGGCCUUGGUUAUCCUGGGCGGUUGCUGCUGCCUCCUGCUGGUGGGAAUCUGCUGGUGCCAGUGCUGCCCCCACUCCUGCUGCUGUUACCUGCCCUGCUGCUGCUGCAGACAGCGAUGCUGCUGCCCUCAGCACCUGUAUGAGGCAGGGAAGGUGGCUGGACCAGAGCCCUUCUUCAUUUCUGGGGUCCCCACCAUGUUGCCCAUCGUGCCCCCCUCCCUGUUCCAGCCCCAAAUGGAGAAGAAUGUUACAGGAGCCAGCAGCCUAUCGGAGCUAAGUUGCUUCCCUGACACAGACUCCAGCACUCAGUCCUGUCAGCUGGUCGAGAAGAAAGCAGCGCCUCCUGCCUCUGACCUGUGGGUGGCGCUGUCCUCUCAGGAGCAGUGCUCCCAGACCCCCCCUCCUCAGAGAGACCAAGCAGAGGAGCACAUCAGGUGGAAUCCACGCUCGGAGCACCUGCAGAGGAAGGCGUUCCCCGGGAGUGGGCGGGGCAAGGGGCGGGGCGGGCGGGCCGGCUCCCUGGACGAGCUGGAAGAGUUCGCCCUGUCCUACAGCCAGCGGGGGCGACGGGGGGAGGCCAGGGGGCGGGGUGGCAUUCAGCUGGAGUUGCGUGAGCAGAGGGAGGCGGGGGGCGCCCCACACCCCCCCAAAAAGAGACACGGCGGCGCCCCCCCACCGGAUGCCUCCCGGGGGCGGGGCCAGGGCGACGGCCGGGGAGAGGGGGACACGCCCUCCAAGACCAGCUCUGGGAAGAGCAGCGACUGCUACCUCAGCUUAUCGCCUAGCAACCAGCCCAAACAGGGGGUCCCCCUGCAACCCUACUGCAACACACGCCCUCCCCAGGACCCCACACGCACCCCACGCACCCCACGCACCCCAAAGCCGCACAGAGGAGAACACGGCAGCCACCAAAAAACCAACACUUGUCUCAAAAGAGACUCUCUUGUCGUGUGAACGCCUGGAAGAGAAGGACACUGUAACUGGUGUGACGGAAACAGCAUCCCGCGAUGAUCUACUAACAAACACGUACACACACGCGCACACAGGUACACACGCACACACACACUUGCACACCAACACUCACACUCACACACACAGACAUACGCACUCUCUCACACACACAAACACGCACACACUCACACACACUCUCUUACACACACAAACACGCACACACUCACACACACUCUCUUACACACACACACACACACACACUCAGUGUGGGGCAGUGAUGUCAUUGUAAUGUUUGGACACGGUUCUGACUCAGUCUCUCUCCGCCUGGCUCUGGCACAGUGUUCACUUGUGUCACACACAAAAGACGGGUCAGUCUGGCCCUCUUUCACAGUCCAGGACCCGCGUGGGCAAACCCCUCUGUUCGCUCCGCUCAUUUAUCACCGUGAUUCAGAAGCUCGAUGACAGGCGGGGCUGCCUGUGUAUCGAUCAAGCAACUCAGAGUUCAUCAUCGCCUCUAUCAUAACUGAGGUGAUUUAAAAACUGUCAGGUAUAACUUACUAGUGUGCCAUGAAUGCAGUCCAUUUGAAAGUCUCAUUUCAUGUCACUUUAUGUCUAAUUUGAAAUGUUUGAAAAUGAAAUGCUGUACACAUAACAAGACACUUUGUGGUUUAUUCUAACAGUGUUGUCUCAUUGUUUUACAGUAGAUGUUGACCAAGGAAACAAGUUAAACACUCAUUGCUGGCUUGCCCAAUAUGAACAUACCUUCAUGUGCUGGUUCUGUUUUGUUGCUUUAACUGUGCAAUGCUGCAUCGUUUUUGUCUGAUUCUGAUUAGGCAAAUGUGAUUUCAGUGCUAGUUUGUACUUGGCAGGAUUGUUUGUUUGUUUGCUGAACAGGUUACCCUA